CGAAAAAAUCCCUUUUUUUGGUCCUUACUGUUCACAAAUCCGACCCCUUUUUAGUCAUUUCGUUAAAUUUUGGCUGAUGUGGCAGAUCGUGGGUUCCUCGCGAGGUGAGUGGGGAAAAGAUGAGUCUCAAUCACCCAAGAAGGAAUCUUCACCUUCUCCUCCUAAUCCUCCCACUGUGCUCAGAUUGGAUGAUGAGCGUGAGAAAUUGACCGUGACAAAGACGUGGAGAGCCGGCUCUGGUAAAGUGCAGCCGGCUCUGGUGAAAUGGAAGUGCAGAGAGCCGGCUUUAGAAGUUGCAGCCGGCUCUACAGGCAAAAAUUGGAAGACCGUUGUUUGGCGCGCAUGGGGAAAAGAUGCAAAGCCGGCUCUGGCUUUGCAACCGGCUCCGGCUCUCGAGGAAAACAGAAUGUGCAGGAAUCCCGCAAAGCCGGCUCUGGAAGUUUAAGCUGGCUCUCCUGACAAUCCUGCAACUCAAGCUUCGCGUCCUGCAGGGCAUUUAAUGACCCCCAACGGCUAGAAACUGCUAUUUUCGAGCAAGGGGCUAUAAAUAUGGUUGGUAACAGAUCUGAAGAAGUUUUAGAGAGUAUUGUAUUGAAUAUCUUUACUACCAACUUGUGCUUUAACUUGAGAUUUUGAUCUUUGAGAGAUCUUUGUUUGUAAUCCACUUCUUGUGCUAUUAGUGAGUGAUCUUGGGGAUGUGUUGAUUCCUUCAAGAGUGAUCUGAAGAGAGGAUCUUUGGGGUUAAAGUGUAAAGGGGUGAGAUUUGAGAGAAACCCUUCUUGUUGUAAAGGAUUGAGUGGCUCCUUUAAGCCACCAUUGUUUUUGCUAGUGGAGAGUGUGGAGGAAACCCUUGGUGAGUGAAGCCAAGGUAGAGGACUAGGUUCCAAGUGGUUGGAUCGAACCUCUAUAAAAUCAUUGUGCAAUC